AAACUCAGCUGCUUCAGUUGGGGUGGAGUUAACCAGCAAUGAACUGUUGAAGAGGAACACCAAAACGUUCACAAAUUAGCAGGGCUCCAGUGGUCCUGCAGUGAAAACGCAGGAAGAACCAGCAACGCAGCAGAAGUUAGAACCAGCAAUGCAGCAACCUCACCAAGUUUUCUACAUCCUUGUGGCUCUUCUAGCAUUUGGGACAGAUCCAACUGAUGGUGCCUGUGAUCCUAAAACAGCUGAGAUUUUAGGUGGCAACUAUACUGUGCUGGAAAAUGGCACACUAUUGCAGUAUAGCUGCCCAGAUGGACAGUACCCAUACCCCACAGAGUUCCGGUUUUGCGAGUCUGGCAGAAGAUGGAGCCCCCUGAAAAAUGCAAAAGGCAACCUUGUCCGCCAGGCCAAGUGCCAAGCCAUUUACUGCCAUAGACCUGUGGAGUUUGAAAAUGGUAUGUAUGAGCCAAGGCAGUUGCAAUACAAUGUAAGCCAGGAGCUGACAUUUGAGUGCUAUGGAGGAUACACAUUGAGGGGGUCCCAGACGCGCACCUGCCUCCCAAAUGGAAAGUGGAGUGGAGAGACAACAAUAUGUGAUGAUGGAGCUGGCCACUGUCCCAACCCUGGCAUCCCAAUUGGUGCCCGAAAAGAUGGCGUUCAAUACAGGAUAGAAUACCGGGUCCGCUACACAUGUGAAAGAGGACUCUCUCUUGUGGGAUCCAAAGAACGAGUUUGCCAAGUGUCAAGAAUGUGGAGUGGAUCAGAACCAGAAUGUCGAAGUCCAUUCAGCUUUGACACCCCAGAAGAAGUCUCCUCCAAGUUCAUUUCAUCUCUUACCGAAACGGCUGAGUCCAUCGAUUCUGAUAAAAAUAUUUCUGCUACAGAGAAGCGUAAAAUCAAGAUUGAGAAGGACGGUUCACUGAACAUCUACAUAGUCAUUGAUGCCUCACGAAGCAUUCAAAAGGACCACUUCAAGGAAGCUCAGAAUGUGGCCAUCAAGUUAAUUGAGAAGAUCUCCAGCUAUGACAUCUCACCUAAGUAUGGCAUUGUCACCUUUGCCACUGAAGCCAAAGAGCUUGUGCGCACCACAGACGAAAAGAGCAGCGAUGCAGCUUGGGUGAUUGAGAAGUUGGAGGACAUCAAAUAUGGAGAACACAAGCAGAAGCCUGGAACCAAUAUUAAUAAAGGCCUAAAUUCUGUCUAUGGAAUGAUGAUUAAUCAAGAAUUGCAAGAAAUAAAUAGCCUCUUAAAUCCUCCUCCAGUUGUUGAGAAAACCCGCCAUGUGAUUAUCCUCUUCAGUGAUGGUGACUACAACAUGGGUGGGGAUCCAGUUCGUGUCAUCAAAUCAAUCAGGGAGUUCCUCAACAUUGGACGUAACCGCACCAAUCUUCGGGAGGACUACUUGGAUGUUUAUGUCUUUGCUGUUGGGAGCACAGUUGUCAUGGAAAACGUGAAUAAGUUUGCAUCUCAAAAGAGUGGUGAGAGACACGCCUUCAAAUUGAGAGACUACAAAGACCUUCAGAAGGCUUUUGACGAGAUGAUCGAUGAGAGUGAGACUUUGUCCAUGUGUGGUUUGGCCAAGGAACAUCAAACAGCAGAUGACCAAGAGAAGAAUCCCUGGCAUGCCACCAUUACCAUCAGGCGCACAGGAGGUGUAUACGAAUACUGCAGAGGAUCCCUUGUUUCUGAAUACUACAUCUUGACUUCAGCCCACUGCUUCACUAUAAGGGAUACAGCAGACCAGAUCACUGUUAACAUCGGCAGAGCACAGUUUGAUGUGGUUGCUGUCCACUCCCACCCAGAGUAUCGGAUUGGGAAGCUACAGGAUCGUGGAAUCCCUGAAUUCUAUGAUUACGAUGUUGCUCUAGUGAAACUUUCCAGGAAAGUCAGGCCCUCUACUGUUGCAAGGCCUAUCUGUCUUCCAUGUACAGCAGGAACUACCCGAGCUCUGAGAAAGCCUCAUCCACAGACCACCUGCAGGGAUCAUGGUAAGAGAGUUGUCAGUUUUAUUUGGCUUUUGAGGGGCAAACCCAAUCUCCUUAUAUGAAGUGGCCCUAGUUCU